AUGCCAUCGCUAUGUUUCGUGUUGAAGGAAUUGACUCCUUGGAUGGAGAGAAGUACCAAAAGUACAAGCUUGAGGCGGACCGAUUCGAUCCUUCACCACUUGAUGAAGGAGUUGGCGAGUGUAUUUGGAGUUGAUCGCGAGAUUGUUACUGUGAACCGUGAAGGUAGCAGUGGGUCAGAAAUUGCAGAGAUCGCCGCCAAACAUCAGAUAAAAGAAGAGGAAAUCAAGACAAAAGUGCCAACUUUGCGUCAGGAACUUGAAAAUGUUCAUCGCCUGGCUGCCGCUAUCGCCUCUCAGGGCGCUAAAUUUGAGGAGAAGAACGCGGCCGACGUCUACCGCGUGACAAUAAGUGGGCUGGCUAGCACAACAACUCAACCACUGAGGAGCGCCAGAUAG